CCCGCCACACUGCCUCUUGUCGCCUCCUUCUGGGCUGCGGCUUGCCUGAAUGACAAAAGUGGAUAUCAAGAAUUACCUUGAAAAAAUAUACAAUGUGCCGGUAGCUGCUGUGAGGACCAGGAUACAGUAUGGUGCAAACAACAAGAGGAAUCACAAGAAUCAGAGAGUGAAGAAGCCAGAUUACAAAGUCGCCUAUGUACAGCUGGGCCAAGGACAAACCUUUCAGUUUCCCAACCUAUUUCCAGAGAAAGAACAAGACACAGAAACUGACUCUUUUGAUGACUUCAAGAAUAAAUAUAUGGAGAGAGAGAAGCAGAGGCAGAAAGGUGACCCCAGACGAGGUGGAGUCCCCGACUGGUUUGGACUUUGAUGCAACAAGCCAGCUGCCUUUCUUUAGGCUCAGAGGGAUUUUGAUCAGCAGAACUUGCACUCUUCCCUUCUUGUAAUGAUCAAAUGUUUAUUCUUGAGCAGCCCUUGCUAGCGUGUCUUUUUUUCCUGGCUGUUUGUGCACGACUACAACAAAAUGGCCCUAAAGAAAUAAAAAGGUAACUCCAUCUUCUUCACCAUGGUGAAGAUAAAAUGAAAAGAAUUCAUCUAGUGCUGCUAUAUAUCUUCCUAAUUGGUUGGUCAGCCUUGAGCAAGCAAACAGUCAGGUAUGUGAUAGUUCUGGAUAAAUGAGGCUAUAUUCCAUGCGUUAGGUGUAACAGCAAGAGAUAUAUUAACCAUCAGCCUCUCUGCCUUCCGUGUUACGGUCUUUGGGAGAGGUUGGAGUCACCAGCUUCUGUACUGGCAUUGAGGACUCAAGCUGAGGAGUUUAUUUGCAGUCCCAAAUAUGCCCUAGGCUCAGUUUCUGUCUGGAGUGGCACAAAAAGGAAGACAUGAAGAGGCGAGUAUACCUGUAUCUAUAUGAAGUUGCUGCAACCAAAUUCUGGCAGAUACCCAAGCUGCUCAAUGUUACCCACUACCUCUAAAAUAGUAUCCCUGUGAAAUUAAGGUUACAGGGCAGACUAUUGCUUCUUCAGCUCUGGCGUGUUUGUGGAACGGCUUGCAGAGAGCGGUGACUCAGUCAGCUUCUGAAUGCUUCAGUUUCUGCAGCUGGGCUCACUAGUGAUUGAAACCCGACUGGAGAUCCAGCAGAAGGAGGGAAAGUGGAGAUCUGCAUUACUUGUGCUUGCUGGCAUCUCAGUGGAUGAGGCAGCUUUGUCCAGACGGAUCUUCCUCAUGUUUUACGAUGCUGAAACAACUAGAAAAGGACAGUGGGGAGAAACUAAGGAUGCUGUGCGAGGGGAGUGAAUGUCUUUAGGUUAACAGAUGAGCACAUCCCUGGGAUACUUCUUUUAUGUGUGUUCUUCUAGGUUCUGGGUGGCGAGAGCAGUAGCAGGCAGCUUCCUGGAGUGUGAGAAUCCCAGCCGAGAUGGAGCUUGGGAAAGAUGGCAACCUGGGCAGCUGUCUCAGCUGCAGGACAUCUAGAUGCGUGUUAGUCCCUGUGGGAAGGUAGAGCACCUUCUGCAUUCUUCAGCUGUUGGUUGUGAAUGUCAUGAUUUCCCCUCCGAAAAAAAAGGUAAUUUCUGUGGCCUGGGAAUCAGGAGAGUGAACUUAACUUCCAAACUGUAUUCAUCUGAGCUUGGGUCAAUUCCUUAACCUCUCUUUCUGAUUUCAUUUUGUGUCAUAGAAAUUAUCUGGGGAUGAUUGCUCUCCUUUGUCCCCACUUGUCUUUUUGGCUAACAUCUAGGGGUCCUGAGUGAAAAGUGUCCCCUCCGUUCCCACUGUGGUUGAGUAUGACACACUACACAAAGUGUCGAUAUACUGAGGCUGAAGGCUUGUUCCAUAACUUGCUUUUUUUUAAUCACAUAGUUAAAAACUAUCUGGAAAAAGUAGUAUGGGAGCUCUGAACACCUUAGCUGUAGAGCCAUGCCAUUCAGCAACAACUCCUCAGUAAAAGAGCUGUUUAUUUUUAUUGUAUUUUCUUU